AGCACAUUGUUUCCUUUAUAAUGUUUGUCGACAGCUACUCGUAUCUUAUUGCCGCCACUAUCGUUACUCUAGCAGCAGCUCUGGUCGGGAAGGUACUCUCUAUGGCCAUCGUAGGUGCCAACAAGAAAAGUUCGGGACCUCGGCCCAUGACGUGGAUGGAAGAGCACAUGUUCCUCGCGGACUGUUUCCCUAAGGAGGCCAACCUCCCAGCGACCUGCAAUGUGAUCAACUGCGCUGUUCUUUUCAAGGAUGCAAUGCCUGACAGAGAAAGCAUAGACAAGCUAGUGAGGGAAAAGUUGUUAUCAUUUACGCGUUUCUCGUGCGUUCCUGAUGUGAAGACCCACAGCUGGAAACCUGUCGACAUUGAUGUCGCCCAGCAUGUGCUCACCAGCGCGCCGAUAAAGAGCCGUGCUGCGCUGGAUGAUAAAAUCGAGGAGAUAAUCAAUGUACCAUUGCUCACUGAUAAGCCUUUAUGGCAAAUUCAUCUGCUACCAGCGGCCCAAGGAGCUGAGCAGAAGGACUGUGUGCUUUUCCGCUCUCAUCACACUAUAGGGGACGGCAUCAGUUUGAUCCAGUUGUUGGACGCUGUUGCAGUGUCUCGUGAUGGAGGCCCUAUUACUUACGUGAACCCUAAGGAGAAGAAGCCUAUUAAAAUGUCUUUGUUGACUAAGUUGGUUUAUGGGGUUCUAUUCUCUCUAGAAUGGGUUCGGUCGUUGAUCGCCAAUGUGUUGCAGACGAAGAGUUGCUUUGAGACGGAGUAUGGUUUCAACUCAUCAUUAGCCCACCGUAAAGGUGAUCUGACCUACAGUGGAGCGCGGAAGUCCAUCUGUUUCAAGCCCUUCUCCCUCGACUAUGUGAAGGCUAUCAAGAAUAGAUCGCCCAAGAAGACUACUGUUAACGAUGUGUUGUUGGGUGCUAUGGUUGGCGCUAUGAGGAGGUAUGGUGGAUCUGCUGUUGAUAACAAUACCGUUAUGAGGAUGCUCGUACCAGUUGGGGCUCCACUCGAGUUUGGUCCCAAUCCCCCGCCUGAGGGUGAUAGGCUUGGCAAUAAUUUUUCUUUUUGCAGUGUUGAUCUGAGCGAGGCUAUCCGAUCGAAGGAUUCGAUCUCGCGUAUGUUAGCAAGUAGUCGCCCUAUGAACCACCUGAAGAAGUCGCUAGAGUUCCUCACCUCGAUGUUCAUCACCAACACUAUCCUUCCUCUUAUGCCUAAGUUUGUCCCCCAGGGGUCUAGCAUGGACCUGUUUUCUCGCCAUUCAAUUGUCUUCUCGAAUGUGCCUGGGAUGCAGACGCCAUGUUGUUUCGCUGGGAAGGAGGUAGAGUCUAUCUACCCCAUUUUCCUGAACAUCAUUACUCAGGUGAUCGUCCUUUCGUACAACCGAAAGUUGAUGUUCAACAUUACUCUCGACCCCAAUGUGGUGAAAGAUUAUGAUAAAUUUGAAGGCUACUACCGAGACGAGCUAUUGGACAUGGGCGAGCGUCUUGGUGUCACCGAUGUUCAACUUUAAAACUUGACUGAUUUGUUUACUGUUUAGCAGCAUGGUUACUUGGUCAACUGUUUCCUCAUCGAGGGUUUUAUUCUGGGUGAAUUUUUGUUCCUGUUUGGGGCUCGUUAUGGCAUGUGCAAAGUUGUUUGCCUGGAGUCCUUUGCUCAAUAUUAUACAAUUGGAACACUUGAGCUAAGUUGUCCGUUCGCUCUCAACGGGAGGAGCCUCGUCUGUUUGCCAUCCAUACCGGUCAAUGCUCUGAUCCUCAAACAACAGAUCAUGGAACCAUUGCUGCUAGGGUUGUAUAUCAACGUUUUGUCUCUUAAA